CUUCAAGCUUCCUUUUAGCAAGCAAAUACACACACCUAGCCUAUAAAUUGAUGAUUGAAUGAGUAGCUCUCUUCAUUAACAGCACUUUAUUUCAUCCUCUUCAAUGGAGUGGCUUCUGCAAUUCCUUCAUCUCCUCUUUAUAGCUUCUCUUCUUAUCUGCAGUACAGCAAUUUCAGAUCAAAUUCCCAAGCCUUAUGUUGUUUAUAUGGGAAAUUCAUCACCAAACAACAUUGGGGUAGAAGGCCAAAUACCAGAAUCAACUCAUCUGCAGCUAUUGUCAUCAAUUAUUCCAAGAAAAGAAAGUGAGAGGAUUGCUCUAAUCCACCAUUUCAAUCAUGCCUUUAGUGGGUUCUCUGCCAUGCUUACAGAGAGUGAAGCUUCUGCACUGUCUGGGCACCCUGGUGUGGUGUCAGUGUUCCCAGAUCCAGUUCUUGAAAUGCAUACAACUCGAUCCUGGGAUUUUCUGGAAUCAGAUUUGGGAAUGAAGCCUCGUGCCACUCUCACACAUCUACACUCAUCAACUGAUAUCAUUGUUGCUGUGAUAGACACAGGGAUAUGGCCAGAGUCCCCAAGUUUCAGAGAUGAGGGUAUAGGGGAGAUUCCUUCAAGGUGGAAAGGAAUUUGUAUGGAAGGUCAUGAUUUCAAGAAAUCCAACUGCAAUAGAAAAUUGAUAGGUGCAAGGUUCUAUAAUUUUCAAGCUACAUCAGGUGGCAACCAGACUCGUAUUGAAGGAGCCAAGGGCUCCCCAAGGGAUUCUGUUGGACAUGGAACUCACACUGCAUCAAUAGCUGCUGGUGCUCAUGUCAACAAUGCUAGUUAUUAUGGCUUAGCACAAGGAACAGCAAGAGGUGGCUCACCUUCUACUAGGAUUGCUGCCUAUAAAACAUGCUCAGAAGAAGGUUGCUCUGGUGCCACCAUACUAAAGGCAAUUGAUGAUGCUAUAAGGGAUGGAGUAGAUAUCAUCUCAAUCUCAAUUGGACUUAGCUCAUUAUUCCAAUCGGACUUUUUGAAUGAUCCCAUAGCCAUUGGAGCAUUUCAUGCAGAACAAAUGGGGGUCUUGGUGGUGUGUUCAGCUGGUAAUGAUGGUCCUGAUCCUUACACAGUUGUGAACACUGCACCAUGGAUAUUUACAGUUGCAGCUUCUAAUAUUGAUAGGAACUACCAAUCAACUCUAGUCCUUGGAAAUGGGAAAACUUUCCGAGGUACAGGCAUUAACUUCUCAAACCUUACUCGUUCCAAGAUGUAUCAUCUUGUCUUUGGAGAGGAAGUUGCUGCCAAAUUUGCCCCUGCAUCAGAAGCUAGGAACUGUUAUCCUGGAUCACUAGAUUACAACAAAAUUGCAGGCAACAUUGUUGUUUGUGUUAAUGAUGACCCCACUAUUUCAAGGCGAAUCAAGAAGCUAGUCUUACAAGAUGCUAGAGCCAUGGGGAUGAUACUCAUUGACGAAGACAACAGAGAUGUUUCCUUUGAUGCAGGUACAUUUCCCUUCACAGAGGUUGGCAAUCUUGAAGGGCAUCAGAUCCUUGAGUACAUAAACACUACCAAGAAACCAACUGCAACAAUUCUUCCAACAAUAGAAGUCAAUAGAUAUAAGCCUUCUCCAAUUGUUGCAUCUUUCUCGUCUAGAGGUCCUUCAAGCCUUACGGAGAACAUUCUCAAGCCGGAUGUCAUCGCUCCAGGAACUGGUAUUUUGGCUGCCAUGAUUCCUAAAAGUAAUGAACCGGGAAGUGUUCCACUUGGGAAAAAACCAUCCUUGUUUGGCAUAAAAUCUGGAACAUCUAUGGCUUGCCCACAUGUGACAGGUGCUGCAGCAUUCAUUAAAUCAGUGCAUAAAGAAUGGAGUCCUUCAAUGAUCAAAUCAGCAUUGAUGACAACAGCUACAAACUACAACAAUUUGAAGAAGCCUGUUACUAACAGUUCAAACUACUUUGCCAAUCCACAUGAAAUGGGAGUUGGGCAGAUUAAUCCACUCAGAGCUCUCAACCCUGGUUUAGUCUUUGAAACAAAUGCUGAAGACUAUAUCAGAUUCCUUUGUUACUAUGGCUAUUCAAAGAAAAACAUAAGGUCAAUGUCUAAGACUAACUUUAAUUGCCCAAGGAACUCUUCUGAAGACCUUAUCCCCAACAUUAAUUACCCAUCAAUAUCCAUAAAAGCACUUAGACAACCAAAAGCAAUAGUAAUCACAAGAACACUUACCAAUGUUGGACACCUUAAUGCCACAUACACUGCAAAGGUGCGUGCACCUGAGGGAUUGCUUGUCAAUGUCAUCCCCAAUAAACUAUUGUUUUCUGAGGGUGUGCAGAAAAUUACCUAUAAAGUUUCAUUCAAUGCCAAGGAUGCCCGUGGUGGAUACAAUUUUGGGACUCUAACAUGGCUUGAUGGUCAACAUUAUGUUCAUACAGUUUUUGCAGUCAAAAUUGAAUAAAUUUACACAAACAUAUAGAUAUUUAUAUAGAUUACAAAAACAUGCAUGAUUGUCAUUUUUGUUUUGUCUAACUUUAUGCUGUAUACAGGAAUGAGUUCCAUGUUGAAAGUAUAACUUACUCAACGAGACAUUAAUGUUAUCAUUUUUUUGG